AUGUUUCAAAUGGCUAAAGGUUGGGCAUCUCCCACAUAUGCUAAAUUUAGAAAAAAGGGUGAUGAAAAAAGAAUCAAACCAAAAGUUGUAAAUAUUUUAAAACAAUUUUUUUUAAAUGAAAACCUAAACCUCAAGGAUAAAAUGAUAGCCAAAGAGAUGCGUGAUGAACUUUUGAAGUUUAUGCAUUUUGGAGAAAUCAAAGAGGACCAUGUGCCCCAAUUAAACACAAUCAAAAAAGGAACAGCCAUCACGCUUGAAACUUUUAAAGCUGCGAGUUUUUCACUUGAACAAAAAUUAGUAAAUCUGUAA